AUGGGCGUGCUCAAGAACUCCGAGGCGGCUCGCGUUUGCUUGCACUUCCACGACGACAUCGCGCAGCGCAUACCGCGGGCGGAGGCGGAGGCGUGCGUCGCGCUGCUCAAGCGCGCGUGUGCUGCCGUGUACGGGGAGAACGCCGUUGAGGUGUGGGGGCCGUGCGGAUCCUACCGCCGCGGCGCCGCGUCCUCGCACGACCUCGACGUCAUCAUCUCCGAGGAGGACGGCGGCGGAGCGGUGCCGCUGCUGCCGCUGCUCGAGCACUUGGAGAAGCGCGGCUUCCUCGCCGCCCAUCUGCAGGUACCUUGGUCGAACAACGAGGUGCCCGGCCGCAAGGCUGCGCACAGCGCCCCGCCGCCGGCAAAGCACCGGCGGGGUGAUGUCGGCUACGCCGUUGCCGCAGAGAGCAAGGGCGACGGCAGGAAGGCGCGGCGCGCCGAGCGCCCGCAGACCUACAUGGGCUCCUACGCCCGGUGCCAGCUGCCCUUCGCGCUCAUCUACUUCACCGGCGGCACGCAUUUCAAUCGCUCCUUGCGCCUCCUCGCAAAGGAGCUCGGCUACACGCUGUCCGACCAGGGGCUCGCGCAGUGCAAGCGCAGCGGCGACAACAACUCCGGGCCGCGCGUGUGGACAGGCCCGUCGCUCGCGGCGGCCACCGAGGAAGAGGUGUUCGCCGCGCUCGGCGUGCCCUACUGCGCGCCCGAGUGCCGCGACGACGCCCGCCUCGCCGCGCUCGGACCGAUGCCGUCGCCGGCGGCCGAGCCCGAGCCGGAGGAUGCAGACAGCGGCGACGAGCUCGAACGGUACGAGGUGUAA